GCGAUCUGUUAACCCAAACAGUUGUAAGAAUUUACCUGAUAUUGGCUGGCAAUGAGUGCAACAGAGAAAAGUGACGAUUUUGAGAUUCGUGUGGCUGGAGUGGAGGAUGGCGAUAGAAUGAUGCAGUUCCUCCAUCUACACUACUACCGGGAGGAGCCCCUUACUGCCGGUUGUGCGCCUCCUGAGCCGGACGAGGAGGAUCAGAAAUUCCUGCUCUCCAAUUUGCCGCACGGCACCUGCCUUUUAAUGUUUCACAAAGAUCGUAUUGUGGCCGUCGCUGUCGCAGGUCCCAAGGGGCCCGACGAGGCGGAACAUCUGUUCGAUGAGGCUGCAAAGCUUGCCGGCAGCAAAUGGGGUCGCAUUUUGGGCAUUUUGGCCAGGGCUGAACGUGAUGCAAACGUCUUCAGUCGCUACGGCGUGGACAGAGCUAUCCAUUUGCACGCCCUCGGCGUGGAUGAGCAAAUGCGUGGACGUGCUAUAGGUGAGCGACUCGUGAACGCCCUCGCUGCCCGGGGCAAAGAGCUGGGCUAUCAACUGCUUACCGCCGACUGCUCCAGCUACUACUCCAGCCGUCUGAUGAAGCGCCUCGGCUACGAGCUGGUCAACAGCAUACCCUACGCCAACUACGUGGACGCCGCUGGGGAGCAGCUCAUUCGACCACCUGCACCCCACAAGGCCUUGGAGACACUCGUUCUACGUUUAUAGCUCCAUUUCGCAAGAAACUCUUAUCAAAGCGAGAUAGAAUGAGGGGGAGACCUUAUCUAAAUUAUAAAUGAAAAGCAUUGGCCCAAGACUUAUCAUUAAUAUUUUACAUUAGAACAAAUACUAAGUUAUUGGACGCACAAGAAAUCAAUGAUGUAAUUGGGAAUUGCAUAUGUAUGUGUAUAUGUAAAUAGUGCGACAAUACUAAUUAUCCUAAUUAUACAAGAGCUAAUAUAUGUACUUAGUUGUAGUUAGAACUGUUACCUGUUAUAUACAAAUACAGUCUAGUUACCGUAGCAACUUGACCUUAAGGAAUGGGAGCUGCCGCGUCCUGCUCUUAGCUGCUUUAAAAUUAGCAACAUUGUUGACAGAUAGUCAAAGGAUGUGCGUGCUUUUCAUAAUUGAGUUCAGAUUACGCCGUAAGUCGUUGGAGAUGAUGAAAAAGGAAUCCUGCAGCAGGAUGCAAAUUAGACGGAGAAGGCAAACGUGAGCCUUGUUAGUGAAGCAGAAUGGUCAAUAAUAAAGUGUUAUAUAUGUAUGCGUAUAGAGUUUCAUUGUUACUUUGUACAUAGAUUGACAAUGCUGCGGAGGACAGUCUUGAAUUGCAGCUACAAACGUAUCAGCAAAUGUAAUCCGCAAAAAGGAAUACACAAAAGGAAGCGGCAAGGAAAUGUGGCCCACUCCAUGGCAUUGGUCAACGGAUUAUGGCGCUGUUCUUGAAUCCUGUUCAAGUGAAAUCGAGCGCAUGAAGUUUAAGUGCCGGCCAUUGUCCAACGAAAUUUGGCGUAAUUGGAGCAAAGCUUUUGGAGGAAACUGCGCGCGAU